GAGUUUGCUUUUAAUAUUUUCCUUUGUUUCUUGAAUGAACUCAGAUCUCACAUUUUCUAACAAGAUGAAGUCAUUCCAAUUAGCCAAUGAGUCUUCUCCCCUUUCUCUAACUCCCAGAUUCAUCUUCCCACAAAGCAAAAGACCAAACCUUUCAGAGGUUCAAUCCUUAGACUCAAUCCCCAUAAUUGAUUUGAGUUACUGUCAUGACAACAAUCCUUUAUCCUUGGAAGUGGUUCACAAGAUCUCAAAGGCUUGUGAGGAAUUUGGUUUCUUUCAAAUUGUGAACCAUGGUGUUCCAGAGCAAGUUUGCCAGAAAAUGAUGAAAGCAAUCACAAAACUUUUUGAACUACCAUCAGAGGAAAGAGAAAGUCUCUAUUCAACAGAUCAUACCAGAAGUGUAAGAUUGGUCAAUUAUUACCUCAAAGUGGAAGGUGGAGAAAACAUACAGUGUUGGAGUGAAUGUUUUAGUCAUCCAUGGUAUCCUAUCGAUGAUAUCGUUUCUCUACUACCAGAAAAAAUUGGAACUCAGUACAGAGAAGCUUUUACCGAAUAUGCAGAGGAGAUUGGUUCAUUGGUGAGAAGGCUUUUAGGGUUGAUAUCAAUAGGGCUUGGGUUAGAGGAGGAUUGUUUGUUGAAGAAGUUAGGUGAGCAGCCUAGACAAAGAGCACAAGCAAAUUUCUAUCCACCAUGUCCAGAUCCGGAGUUAACCAUGGGUUUAACUGAGCAUACCGAUCUGAAUGCUCUCACUGUACUUUUGCAAUCAGAAGUUUCAGGUCUUCAAGUUAACAAAGAUGGAAAAUGGAUUUCUGUACCUUUUAUUCCCAAUGCUUUGGUCAUUAAUCUAGCUGAUCAAAUUCAGGACUGUAAAAUCGACGUUGGGUGGCGGUGGCACUUUGGUGGUGUUAGCUGUCGAAAAAAGACGACGAUCGAAGUUUGAUAGGUGGUGGUGGCGGCGAUCGACAAUGGCUGUAGCGUUGGUUGUCAGCGGAACAGUGUCGGUCGAAGUCUAUGUGAUGGUUCGACGAGCGGUAGUUCGAAAUCUAGGUGUCGUCGACAAUGAUCCGAUAGGUUCUCAAGUUUUAGUCGGGGUCCGUUUGAUUCACGAAUCAAUUUGGUAAUGGAUCGUGUUUUUGUCCCAUUUUGGAUAUUUGGUCCAUUACGAUUUGAGGAUCCUUUGAUUAGUUAAAGAAGAAGAUAUAGGGAAGAGUUGAUCCUAGUUAAAGAGGCAAGAGUAUAAGUUAUUUGGAGUUCUUGAAAUUUGGGAAACUUUUGAAGGUAUUUAAAGGCAUUGAGAAACACUUCCAAACAAUUUUGAUUUAUAUAGAGAGUUGGAGAGAUUAAAAAACACUUGGAGUAGAAAAUAAGUUUGUUCUUAGGAACUUGUGAAACAAUUUUCUUAUAACUAAUUUGUAAUCUCUUGUAACAACUUUUGGAAGCAUAGUGAAUCAUUGCUCUCUCCUUCAAAAUAGAUCCUUUCAAUAGAGUUGGGAAAACAAAUUCAUUGUGUACUUGUCUUUUAUCUAUAUCUUACUUGUUAUGGAUUUGUUUAAAUUGUUUGACAGGUUAGUUUGUACUUGAGGUCAUUUAUUUUGGUUGCUUUUUAUGGUGUCGUUUUUUUUACCUCCCCGUUUCACUUGAGAGGACGGCACGUCGGACCCUUCACGCGAAAUUUGGAAGGAGAGAGGCGCCCUUGUGGGAGGAAUUUUAUUUCAGUUCUUCCUACGAUAGCACACGAACUUUUUAAUUAUCCUACGAGGAGGAAGGGGAAAAGGAUCUCAAAUAAACCCUAGAAGUUUUCUAGGUGUGGGGAUUUCACCUAAACAGAUGUUCUGGAGCCCGGGAGGUCGGUUAUACAUAGGGAAGGUUUUAAGCACCCUACAUAUCCGUAGUACUCUACAGGAACCUUCUCUGUGUCUAUGUGUUUGUGUUGCUGCUUUAUUGGGAAAGUUUCUCCUUUGUGUUAGGAGAGAGAAUUGAAUUGAAUUGAAAGAUAGAUGAACUGAUUGUUUUAGGUUUAUGAUUAGCUCGCUGAGAUUCCUUGUGAAUCUCAUGCCUACAUAUCCCUAAUGGAAGUCAGAGCUUUUUGUAGUUCGAGGAACUAAUUAUGGAAAUGAAUUGAUUUUGGGUGCCUUGUUUGAACUCAAGGUUAAAGUUUGAAUUAAAUCUCUGUUUGUAGAAAAGAGACGAGUCGUCAUCUUAACGGAGAGAUAUUUCAAUUGUUUUACCACAAACAUUUUGAAAGUGAAUGAAAAUGAGGGUUCUUUCAUGAUAAGAGAGAGACCUUACUUGUGUGUGUGCAAGUAUGCCAGUAUCAUCUUAUAUGAAUGAACAAUCAUAAUGAAAAGUUUACUUUAUGAUAAGAGAGGGACCUUACUUGUGUGUGUGCAAGUAUGCCAGUAUCAUCUUAUAUAAAGUAAAAGAUUUCAACCAUUAGAGGAAGACAGCAGUCUGGACGUGAAGUCAACAGAGCAGACAAUCUUAUAUCAAUCUAAAUGGGAAAUGUUUUUUUUAUGAAAAUGAAGUUUGUUAUGUUUGAAUGUGGUAUAACAAUUAAAAAUCUAUUCAUAGAGAUGAAUCAUGUCUCACCUAUGUAAGAAAGAUUUAGAUUUUGACUGGCUUGUACAAGGCCCAAGCUUGAGGCUUAAAGAGUUUUGAUUGACCCUGGGAGAUGACUCCACUGGGGAUUGACUUUGACUGAAGAAAUUUGUGUUUUGUAUGAAGCCCAGAAUUGUGUCUGACUUUAGUUGGAGAAUGUUUUGUUUUAUUUUACUGAAAGAUUUAUUUGGUGUUCUGUACAAAGCCCAGAAUUGUGGUUGACUCUAGCUAGGGAGACAUUAUUUUCUGCCUUGUACAAAGCCUAAGGUUGUGGCUAACUCAGUGGGGUAAAGACUCAAAGAUUAUGAAUCUUUUGGAACAGGAAAAGAUGUUUAUCUUCCUUAUACAAAGCCCAAGGUUGUGGCUAACUUUACUAAGGAUUACCCUGUUGUGCAGAGAUUGAUGAAUGUUGACCCUACUGGGGAAUUUGCUUUUAUUAAGCAAGGAUUAAUGAUUGAAAACCCAGAGUUGAAGGUUGACCUUACUGAGGAUAUUGUUCUGUUAAGGAUUGAUUUAUGGAGGCUAACCCUUUCCAGGGAAUUUUUUACUUUUGAAGGUGUGAAUGAUGGAGGCUAACCCUUUCCAGUUAAUUUUUGAUUUAUGAAGGUGUGAAUGAUGGAGGCUAACCCUUUCUAGGGAAUUUUUGUCUUAUGAAGGAAUGAAUGAUGGAGGCUAACCCUUUCUAGGGGAUUUUUAUUUAUACUUCUUGUUUAAAGCCCAAGAUUAAGGCUGAUCUUGCUGAGGAAAUUCCAGAUGUGGAAUCUUGACUCUACUAAGGAGAAGACUUACUGGAGAUUGAAGAUAUAGGUGACAGAGACUGUCCAUGUCUCUCAUUCCAAAAGGUGAACUCAAUAUUGAGAUUGAGACAUUCUUAGCUUGUUUGGAGUUUGGUUUGAAGAAUAGAAGAAUCUCACCAGGGUAAGCUAAAAGGUGACUAAAGACCUGUUCCUAUGUUUAUAAGAAACCCCAUGGGUCCUUGUACACAAGCUCAAGAGAAAGCUGUGAAUAUGCUUUUAAGAAGCCUGUGGGUCCUUGUAUUGUAAGCCCAAGAGGAGGCUAAUCGAGGGUCAUCGAGGGUCCUUGUUAUAGCACAAGAGAAAGCUAUGUUAGCUUUGAACUUAGUUUGGCUCUAAGCAAAUGGGUAAGAGGUUUCACCGGGAAUAAUUCCUCUUGGGUGGAUGUGCCCUAUUUUUGUUCUAAGGUUUUUUUCAAGAUGUUUCACCGGGAAUAAUUCAUCUUGAGGUUGAACUAUAUAAUUCUAAUUAGGAAAGAGCCUUCACCUGGAAGACGUUCUCAAUCCUAGGCCAUAGUCUUAUAAUAUAUAUACAGUUUAUUUGUCCUAAGAUUUUUCUUAGACGGAGUUCUAAAUAGUGUAUAUACAGUUUAUAUUUGACAGUAAUUUAAAUGAAAGCUGUAAAUUGAAAGUUGUAAAGCCUAACCUGGAUGAAGAGGAGGCCUUUGAAAGAUGUAUGUACAAAAGAGGCUGGGACUUAGACUCAAGGAGAGGCUCAUGUGAAAUUGAUUUGAAAUUGUUUUGAAAACAGAUUGAAAGUUGAUUGAAAACAGUUGAGAUGUUUUUAUUUUGAAAACAGAAGAAGUGAAGAUGGACACUAGGUCACAAAGGUAUAUGAAGAGUUUCACCGGGAAUAAUGCCCUUUAAUACCGAGAAGAAAGUUUUGAAAACAGAUGAGUUUACUAUUAAAAAAAAUUUAAAAAUUGUAUGUACAGGAAAAGGUGUUGGGUAUUACACUCUUUAAUAUUCAAGAGGCCCAAAAGAUUUAUUUACUGUUUAUGAAAAACAGUUGAUUGAAAAUGAAAUUGAAAAUGUUUUGAAUUGUAAUUGAAAAUUGAAAAGUGUUGGGACUUACACUCUAUUAGAGGCCCGAAGAGAUUAUUCACUGUAUUAAAAAAAAAGAGGUUGGGUCUUACACUCUAUUAGAGGCCCAAAGGAUUUAAAAAUGAAAAGGGUUGGGACUUACACUCUAUUAGAGGCCCAAAAUAUUUAUUUGCUGUUUGUGAAAAACAGUUGAAUGAUUUUGCUGAAGGAUGCAAGGUUUUGUUGUUUGAAAACCUUGAUCGUCUGUUUAGUCAAGGAUUGAAAACAGUUUGAAAAUUGACAACAGUCAAAUUAAUUAAGGUAAGGACAAAGUCUAUACUUAAUUAAGACCUAAUGGAUUAGGGUUUUAUCACAAAAAUAUUUACAAGAGAUUAGGUUUUGAAAAUCAAAUGAAAACUAUAUUUAAAGUAUUUUAAAAUACUUAAAAAUACACCAUUUUAAACCUAAUAAAAAUAUAUCCAAUAAAUAAUAUUUUUUGUGAUAUUUUGGAUAUUCAUAAAAUAGGUGUGAUAAAUGAAAUGUGUGUGAAAAAUCAAGUGAAAAUGAUUAAUUUUGAUAGGUGAAAUGAUUGAGUGAAGUUGUGAAAAAAAGAGAGAAAAAUAGCAUAACGAUUUGAUUUUGUUGGUAGCAUGGUUUGAACCCUCUCCCCCAAGGGGGGAGCCGGCACAAAUCAAGCCAAUUGGGCUACAUCCCCAGUGCGUCAAGAGAAUGCUUUCAUUUGGCUAUAUUUGAGGACAAAAUAGCUUUGGAAAUGAAUUGAAAAAGGUUUUAGAAAAUAUUUUGAACAAAAGGUCUAAGGAGGGGAUCGAACCCCAGACCUUGGGCAUGAGGAGACUAAGGGCACGCUGGUGACCACUAGGGCAUAACGAUGAAUUCGUAAAUUAAACGCAUACCAACCAAAAUAAAAUAAACUUCGCCCCUGAGAAAUUUGAAAAUGGCGCCACCACCAUCUUCGUCUUAAACCUCUCAUCACUCCAUUUUUUAUUUUCCAACUCUCUCAAUUCUCAACCAUUUGUAAAGAUGUAAACAUCAAACUUGCUCUAAAUUCACUCACGAUUCUAAAUAUGUAACUAACAUAAAUAUAUAUUAACUACAACUACUGAAUUUUCUAAAAUACGUGAAGAACCCUAAGAAUUGAAAAUGACAUUAAAUGAUGAUGCUGAUGAAUAAAUGAAAGAUGAUAGAGGGGUUUUGAUCCUCUGAUGACACUGAAUGAACCUGUAUCGAGCUUUGAUGAAAUAGGUUCAAGAAUUAGAGGGUUAGAGUUUGAAAAAAUACCUCUGAAACCGAAGCUUUAUGGCUUUGGUGGAGGAUUCCCAAAAGUGGAUGAAUGAUUCAAAAGUUUCCUUGUACUUCAGGGAUGCUAGAUGGAUGCUUACUUCACCUUGAAUCCUUCAGAAUUGCUCUGCUCGACCCCUCUUGCUUGAGCUCCAAGUGAACAUAGAGGAUGGUGAUUUUGGACUUACAAAUGAGUUGCGACCAUCUAGAUAGCUUCACUACACCCUCAGGAACAUGUUGAUGGGCUUAGACUCGAUUGACACCUUCUGAAUUGUUCUACAGACCUCCAACUGCUUAGGCUCCAAAUUGAAAGUGGCUAUGGUGUUGCUCCACUUCUAGAAGUGUUCCAGGUGCUUGGAUCACUUCUAAUGAACCUCCUUGAGAUGUUAGAAGGCUUACUUUCAAAAGAAGAGCUCUGGUUUGAAGAACUCGAUUCUUCUUCUCAAAGAACUUUUGAAAACCAUAAGCACGAGAGGGAGAAGGAGAAAGCAAGAAUUAGAGUUGCUUUGGUGUGUGUAAUAUGGAGGAAGAAACUUCUAUUUAUAGGCAAAGAACUCAGAGUAGUUGAGGGAGUGAGCUUGCUUAGUAAAGUCACUUUGAGUUACUUGGUCAUGAAGGAAUUCAAAGAAUAUCCCAAAUCUAAUGAUGGCAAUUUCGAGCAAGCUCCCUAGCCAUUGUUCUUUUAUGAUCUUAGGGGACAUUUCUGAUGUGUAGAGGCUUCCAAUUGGCUUAGGAGAAGAUUCCAAUUGAUGAAUCAUCAUUUGCCAUAAAUUCUCAAAAGUAAUUAUUACAUAAUCACAUGUCUUUGUUUUCUUGAAUAUUCUCCUAUCUUUGUACAAUGAUGCAAUUGAUUCCAUCCUAUCCCUUCUAUCAAAAGUCAAACUUUGAAUUUUUGGUUCUUGAUUGAUUUUCUUGAUUUUUCUUGGUCAAAUGACUUCAAUAAUCAUAUAUUGGUGAUUUUAAUCUUCAAAAGUAUAUGGUUGACCAAAAAUCCAAAAAGUCAAAGGUGAUGUUGUACAAUUGACUUUUUCAAAUGAAUUGUAAUUAUGGAGAUUUCAGGUGAAUCAAGCUAUCCUCAUCAAGUGAAUGAUAUGAGUGGAUAAUAUUGAAGUAUUAGAGGAUAUUGAGUCAUGGUUUGAGUUGUAGAACCAUGUCUCGAUUAAAAGUCAACUGUCUAGGUGAAUUAGGUCAAAAACCCUAAUUAUGGGCCAGAUGAAAUUGAUGACUGUGGCUCCUGGAUUGAAGUACAAUUUCCAUUGGAUAUUGACAUAGGGAUAAUUUGAAGAUGAUUAGUCCCUUUGAAUAAUGUCCUGGAGCUUUUUAGGGUUUCCCAGAUGUGGGCCCUGAUUUCAGUCCAUGAUAGACUCAAAACCCUAGUUUGGUGACCUGAGUAAGUCUGAGUCCUGAUGCCUGAUGUUUGAACAUCAUAGGUUGGUGGAUGAAUCACCCUGAGUCCUAUAAUUUUGUUGAAAAUCAUUUUUCUCACUGAUUGAUCCUUUGAAAACUCUAGUCUGAGUACUUGGUGAACAAGUGAUUGCUCUGGGUAUUUGUCUUGAGUUGAUGAAAUAAAUGGAGAUGUGAUAUCUUAGUGGGGUCAAAAAUUAGGGUAUAACACUCUUGUUCUUUAUCCCACUCAACAUAGUUCUCAGUAAAAUUAAUAUUAUUGUUAGAUUUUAAAAAAUAAGAUCUUAUUGUAGGUGAACCUUUCUAUUUCACAAUAGUGACGCUCAUUUAGGGAAAAUGGUUUAAUUUUACAAGUGAGCACUAUGGGCUCUAAAUGAGAUAUCAAUAAUUCUUUUGGAGACAAUGAUUUUGGGUUAUGGAAAAUGAAGAUUCAAGUAAUCUUAAUUCAAUUGAAGUGUGUUGAAUCACUGAAAUGUAAGGCACCGUUGUUUGCACGUCUAACACAAGCAAAGAAGACAGAGGUCCUGGAUAAUGCUUUGAGUGCUAUUAUCUUGUUCCUCGAGAAUAAAGUUAAAGGGAAAUCUCCAGGGAGAAGACUGUGGCUUGGAUGUGGGAAAAUCUUAAAUUAUUGUAUAUGAUCAAGGUUUUGGCUCACAUGUUGUGUUAUAAAUAACAACUCUACUGAUUUUGAAAGACAUAGAACAAACUUAUAAUAGAGAAGUUAACAGAACUUUCACAAGAUCAUUUUUGAUCUAAAGAAUAUUGUGGUGAAAAUAUUUAUGAUCUAGAGAAUAUUAUGGUGAAAAUAUUGACGAGUACACGAUUCUAGUCUUGUUAAGUUCAUUAUACCCAUAUCCUUUGAUCACUUUGAGGAUUCAUUUAUUUAUAUUAAGUAAGAUACUAUUAUUGGGAUGAAGUCCAAACGGCUACAAGCUCCAAAAAAAUUUCAAAGGUGAAAGAUUUGAAGAUUGACGAUAAUAGUGAAUGAUAGAGUGUCUCAAAGGAUGAAGUGAGCCUAUAAAGGUGUCUAAACCUAAGUUGUUUCAUAAUUCAAUGUUAAAAUGAUUUAUUUAUAAAAAAAAUUGGUCAUUUUACGAAGUAUUAUCCCAAGAGGGGUGGCAAUAAAGAUUCUAUUUAGAUUGUAGAUGCCUCAGAUGAUGGUAGUUAUGAGAAUGUUGGUGCACUAGUGGUUUCGAGUUUGAGAUGUGGAAGGAGUUGGGUUACGAAUUUAGUAUGAUCAUAUCACGUGAUCCCAAGAAAAGAAUAAUUUUAGACUUUGAAACUAGGAGAUGGCGGAAUUGUUCAACUCAUCAACAAUCAGGCUUGCAAGGUUUAUGGUGUUGGUACGAUCAAACAUAAAAUGUUAGAUGAUCGUGAGUUUCUUCUAUGCAAUAUGAAGUAUGUUCCUGAGUUCAAGUGAAAUUUGUUGUCCAUGAUAAAUGUGAGGAUUGUUUGAUGAUCUGCGCCAUUGUACUAGAGUUGGACACAUGGUAAUGAAGAUUUCGCACAAUGGAGUAGUCAUAGCUAAAGGUUCUAAAAUAUGUGUGCUAUAUAUUUUAGAUAGUUCCAAUGUUAUUGACCAUUCAUUAUUAGCGAGUGAAGACUUUCAUGAAAAGAAAAAACUAUGAGAUAUGAGGUCGAGGCAUGGUGAAUACAUGUAGGUUAUUUUAUAGAAUUUUAAUGAGUUUUGCAUGAGACAUGAGAUUAAAAUGCAUUUGAUCGCUUCUGGCAUGGUUUUGGAAGUUGAGUUUCAGUAGAGUUUCUCAAGUAAGGUUGGUGCCAAAACAACUUACUUGGUAGCCAAAUGUCCAUUCUUAAAAAUAUAAUUCCAAACACCUAUGGAGUUUUGGGAGUAUAAAACUUGUAGACUAAUCUAAUUUUAAUAUCUUCAAAGUUUUUCUAUUUGUGCAAAUCAACAUAGUUCAACUUGGUGGUAAUGUUGUGAAAUGCGUCUUCAAUUGUUUUCCAAAUUUUGGUAAUGGUUAUAAGAUGUGGGAAGUAGAACUUGGAGGAUAAUAGUUCAUCAUAAGUGAUGUAUUAUAUCCAUUGAGGCCCUUAAUAGGAGGAAAAGUUAAAAUCUAUGGAUGAAGGUCUAAGAAAUUAUGACUGAGAAGAUUCAAUUUAUGGUUGAGAAUCUUGCUAGGGAUACUAGUUCUAGUGAAAAAAAUUUUACAAUGACCUUUGAUUCUAAUUUGACUCGUGAUAAUGUAAGGAUGAAGAUUGUACCAUUCUGGGGAUUCAACUAUGUUGGCCUUGGUUGUUAUACUUUUAAUGUGGCUGAAGAAUCGCAAAACUCAAAAAUAAAUAUUUUCAGGGAGGCAUUCAAAAGUAAAGAGAGUUAAAGACGGUUGAAGAACCAUACUUAUGAGAAAUUGGAUGCAAGUAGCAAGAUCAAGCUUCUAGUGUGCUUUGAAUAUAAUCAAGGUUGUUGAAUAGUGAUUUCAACAUUGGAGAGAGCAACAAGAUGGUGGAUGGGUAAAUUAGCAUCAUCAUCAACUUAAAGUUAAGAUGGAUAUUUGUACAAAUAUGCCUUAAAGCCUUAAGUGUAUAAAGUAAAAAAAUAUAUAUUUUCAAGAUUGGCGAAAAAUCAAUGGUUAAUAUUUGGCAGGCAGCAACGGCACCACGAUGAUCUUUGGUGAAAUGAUGGUGGUCGAAGUCUAAGGUGUGGUAGAGCUUCGUGGUGUGGCAAUUCUUGGUGUGCAAAAUAGCUCUAGUGGCAAUUUUGAAGUCGACCGACAGUGACGGUUUGGGAAAGCUUUGAAUGAAUCUAAAGGGAUAGAGAAAGACUUCUUAAUCUCUUGCGAUUUGCGUGCUUCAUAUAUAGAGAAUUGUAAAUAUUGAGAAACCUUUGGGUAUAAAGUAUGGUUUGUUUUCAAGAUUUUCAUAGAUUAUUUUCUUGUAACUCUAGUAAAUCAACGAGUUAUUCUCUUCUUUAGAGUAUAUCAUUCUUUUAAAGCGGGUAAAUAAAUUAUUUGUGUGGUCGUCUUUUAUUUUCCUUUUACUUGUUGAGGUUUUGAUAAUACUAUUUGACAUGUUAGUUUUUGUUUGAGAUCAUUUAUUUUGGUUAGCUUUGUUAUUUGUUCUAUUCAUCAUAAUUUUCGAGAUUCUUCGAUUUUGCUUGCGAAUUUAGAGGAGAAGAGAGAAGAUGUCUUUGAAAAAAAGUAGGGGUGGCAAUAAAAUCCAUUAAACAAAUAUCCAUCCAAUCCAUCCACAAAAUUAUCCAUCCGAUCCAUCCAUUAAAUGAAAAGUAUGCUAAUGGAUUGGAUCAAAUCCAUCCAUUUGUAUAUAUGGAUGGAUCAAAUCCAUCCAACUUAUUAUAAAAAUCCAUCGGAUCAUUCUUAUUGCAUAUUAUAAAUUUAUUAAAUUAUUUUGUAAUAAAACAAAUUAAAUUAUAUAUAUAAUUAGCAAAAUCAAAUAAUUUUAAAAUAUAUAAUAGAAAAUGUUGAAUUUUUUUCUCAGGAAAAUGUUGAAAUUUAUCUAAAAUAUAAUUUGUACAAUAUCAAAAUGUAAUUAUUAGCAUUUUAACUAGUGACACACAUAUAAGUUCAACUAUUAAAAUCUAGCAUCGCUAUUUUAAUGAUCCAUUUACUUUAUUACUCCUAUAUUCUUUAUAGAAACUGAAUCUAUUUUAUUACUUAGAUAAUUCAUUUCCUUUUUUUUUUUUUUUUGCGUACAUAUUCUUUAUAAAAAUUGCAUUCAAUUGAAACAAAACAAUACUUGCUACAGUACUUUCUAUAUAGAUAUUAAGAUUAACGGUAAGCCAAUUUUUUGCAUUCCUUUUAAAUUAAUUCUCAUGCUUUCAGUCAUAUUAUUUUAAAGAGAAAAGGGAUCAUGCACUGACAGUGUAAAAUAUUUUUACACUGUCAACCAAUCACCACCAUGCAUCCAAUUAAAAUAUUCUUUUAUUUAAAAAAAACUUUAAUGACAUGGCACAUUCAUGACUCCCUAUUGGAUGACAGUGUAAAAUAGUUUUACAUUGUCAGUGCACUACCUUUUAACUCUAUUUUAAAUUUCAAUAUAUUUAAAUAACCACCGACGAAAAUAAGAACGCUUAAGACAUAUAAGCUAUAAAAACAUGAAAAAAAUUUAGUUGAAUUUGGCUUUAUCGAACAAAAUUUCUAUUUGCAGCAAGUUC